AAGUUUUUAAAUUUCCCCACCGCUCACAGGUCAGAUCCAUCCGAGGGAGACUUCCUCUGCUCCAAAAGUAGAAGGCCCAUCACACUCUCACACACACACACUCUCUCUCAAACUCUGCUCUCAACAAUGUCAGCGCUUGACGCGGACUUCGAUCUCAGACCGUCCCCUCAGCCCGCUUUCACAAUCGGAGAGUACGCAUUUGCGGAUGUGGGAAAUUUGGAGCACUGCACCAAGUACUUGAACCAAACGCUUGUUACGUAUGGAUUUCCAGCUUCGCUCGAUCUGUUCGCGAGUGAUCCGGUUUCGGUUGCGAGGACUUGCAAUUGCAUAUACUCGUUGCUUCAGCAGAGGCAGCGUGAUGUUGAAUUUAGAGACUCUGCUAAUGAGCAGAGACAGCGGCUACUAUCGGACAUAUCAAGACUAGAGGCCAAAGUUGAGAGGCUUGAGGCACAAUUACAAGGCAAAGAUAGGGAGAUAGCAACCAUUACACGAACGGAAGCUAAAGCUACGGCAGCUUUUAAGACGCAAAUCGAAAAGUUGCAGCAGGAGCGAGAUGAGUUUCAAAGAAUGGUCAUCGGCAAUCAGCAAGUGAAGACUCAACAAGUACAUGAGAUGAAGAAAAAAGAAAAAGAGUACAUAAAGUUGCAGGAAAGGCUAAACCAAGUGUUGAUGGAGAAAAAGAAGGAAUCUAGAUCAGGCAUGGAGAUAAUGAAUUUGCUUCAGAAAGAAGGGCGGCAGCGGGGAACGUGGAAUGGGAAAAAGGCUGACAAUGAUUUCUAUAAAAAGAUUGUGGAUGCUUAUGAGUCAAAAAAUCAAGAGUUGAUGACUGAGAAUGCUGAUUUAAGGGCAUUACUACGGUCAAUGCAGAUGGAUAUGCGUGAUUUUAUAAAUGCUCCUAAUGGAUUGUCCAAGCAAUCUCUGGCUGUCAAUGAAGGAGUUGAAACUGACCCCUCAAAGUCCCCAUUGGGGGGGAGGACGGAUGUCUUUGACCUACCCUUUCGCAUGGCUAGAGAUCAAAUAGAGGAAAGUCUCAGAAAUAAGAUGGCUUCCAUAAAGGAGCGUAUGGGUCAAUUGCAAGAUGCCCAGAAAGGUGCAGAAGUUACUUCUGAAGCAACUGAGAGAGAACUUGAGCUUGAAGCUCAACUUGUUGAGGCGAGGAGCAUAAUUCAGGAGCAGGCAUCAAUAAUGUCUAAACAUCUUGCUAAAUCUGAGAGGCCAAGGGAUUCUAUCAUUUCAUCACCAGCUGAGGUGGUAAGAAAUUAACAAGCCUGCAAAGUUUUGGGUCAUGCCAGGAGUUGAAGUAAAGCUUUAUGCAGAAAUGAAUUGCAGGUAACAAGCUUGUAAUUUCGUAGACUUAUUCUCACGAGAGUGUACACAUUGAUCCUCUCCUUCUGUUUGUAAAACCUAGAAGCCGUUGUUUUUAGCUGUGAUGUUAAUGUAAUAGUAUGGGGCCCUUGUAUGCUUACAAGUGCCAUAAUCAAAUUAGUUUCAUAUAUAUACGUAGUGCAAAUUCUUCUA